UUUGGGGCCUAUGUGGGCUGAAGCCCAAUUCAUUCUGAAGCAGAAAAUCGACGACGCAUCACACACUAUAUGCGAAGGUGAUCGAAUCACAGCACCGUGAGAUCUCUGCUUCAAAGAGUUCAGAGGAAUUCGUUUUCUCUGCUCGGGAUCUGGAAAGGGAACGACUCGACAUGGGUUUCCUGGUGACGACGCUGAUCUUCGCAGUGAUCGGAAUCAUCGCGAGCCUCUGCACCAGAAUCUGCUGCAACAGAGGACCUUCUACCAAUCUAUUUCACCUAACUUUGGUAAUUACUGCGACAAUUUGCUGCUGGAUGAUGUGGGCGAUUGUAUAUCUGGCACAGAUGAAACCACUCAUUGUACCUAUACUGAGUGAGGGCGAAUAAGUCUCGAAACAGAUGUAGCUCCUUGUAAGUUAGAGAACAUGGAUCACAAAUUGGCUGCUGCAUAGAAUUUGAUUUUGGUUAUCAUGAGUUGUUCAGUAUUUUUUUCAGAGUGAACUGGACUGUAUGUAUUUCUUGUCUGAUAAUGGCAUUUCUGUGCUACCUGACAUUAGUCAUGUUACGAAUGUUGUAUUUAUCACUCAUUCUGUUAUUCAUUUUAGAUAUCCGUGGAUAAUGGUAUCAAAUAUGUAUUUCGCUGAAAAAUAAGUUGAUGAAAGGGAAGUUUGUUUUGUCUAAGA